AUGGGAUUGAAGGAUAACAUCAUGAUUGUUGUGGCUCCUUUGGAGAUUUGUAUUUUCUCCGAUUUGGUGAACAAGGCUAGAGUUGUUGAAGAAUAUGCAAAGACAGUAGCUUCGUCAAAGGACACUCAUGGAGGAAACACUAGUCGGGGACGUGCCAAGUACUUUCAGCCGAAGGGUGGUUGCUUCAACUGUGGAUUGCCUGGCCAUAUUGUGAGGGAUUAUACUUGGGGGAAGAACCCGAUUGCGGGUCAGAGUCAACACGAAGGGCGAGUGUUUGCUGUGAACACCAAGGAUGCUGCUAAGGCGGAUCCUCUGAUGAGAGGUAACUAUUUAAUUGACAAUAAAACCUUAGUUGCAUUAUAUGAUACUGGAGCUUUGCAUUCGUUUAUUUCAUUUAACAAAGUUGAGGAGCUAGGCUUGAAAGUUUCAGAAUUAGCUUUUGAAUUGCAUUCAAUUCAGUUUAUGCCGGAUGGAGAAAAUGGAGUAGUGGUAGCUGAGGGUUACUACCUGAACUCUGUAAUGGUGCACUAUAGUAGGGAAGAGUGUCAGGGUUAUAUCUUGUUGUCUGCUAAUGCUUUGGGUGAUGCCCAGAACUUAGAUAAGAUUCCAGUAGUUAGAGACUUUUCGGAGGUGUUCCCGAAAUAUAUUCCUGAAUUUCCACCUCAAAGAGAGAUCGAAUUUGUGAUUGAAUUGGUGCCGGGAGCCAGACCAGUGUCGAUUGCGCUAUAUAGAAUGGCUCCGAUAGAGCUGGCUAAACUAAAAACUCAGUUGGAAGAAUUUCUAAACAAGAGGUUCAUUUGA